UGUUAUGUUUCAUUCAAUUCAAUUGUACCACCAGCAGCAGCAGUCAGAGCUUAUAACUAGCUAAUUGAUUAACCAUGGAGAAAGCACACACAAAAUCUGCUCUUAAGAAGCUUGUUAAGGCUAGCUCACAGUCUGCACCAUGGAGCAAUGCUGCUAGAGGAAUGGCGAAAGAUGAUCUCAAGGAUCCGCUUUAUGACAAAUCCAAGGUUGCCCCAAAACCCCUUGCAAAAGAAAACACUAAGCCCCAAGAAUUCAAACUCCACACUGGACAAAGAGCUCUCAAACGUGCCAUGUUCAACUAUUCUGUGGCAACCAAGAUAUAUAUGAAUGAGCAACAGAAGAGGCAAAUAGAGAGGAUACAAAAGAUCAUAGAAGAAGAAGAGGUUCGUAUGAUGAGGAAGGAGAUGGUUCCAAGAGCUCAAUUGAUGCCUUAUUUUGACAGACCUUUCUUUCCCCAAAGAUCAAGCAGGCCAUUGACAGUUCCUAGAGAGCCAAGUUUCCACAUGGUGAACAGCAAGUGUUGGAGCUGCAUCCCUGAGGAUGAACUUUACUACUACUUUGAACAUGCUCAUCCCCAUGGUCAUGCCUGGAAGCCUGUUAAGUAAAUAAAUUGCCAUGAUUUGUAGGGGAAAAAACAGAGUGGAGUAUUCUCUCUGUGCUGUUAAUUUCUUCUUGCUGUCCAAUUUAGUCUUGUAUAAUUUGGAGUGUUGAUAGUGUUUACUGUUUAGAUCAUGUGGUAGGUCUUGUAGUGGGUGUAAGUAGUCGCUUUUUCAUAGCGGAAAGUCCUUUCCAUUUGGGGGGUGUUUUGCUUACCAAUAAGGUGGAUUGUACUUCGUUUUGUACUAUUAAAAACCAAGUCACCCUCUUUUCUGUCUUUUAGCAGCAUGGUCGUGCAUGCCCUCAUUAAGCACUUCAUUUUAUUUUGCUGGAAAUGAA